GCAUUGCGGUUUCUCUCUCCCCCCCAAAGAACAGCUGGGGGCCGUACCCACAAUGCCGUGCGGCGCUGCCCGCUCCGCUCCGUCAUGGAGGCAGCGGCAGCCGCCGCAGCUGGCACAGCUGGAGCAGCCCCGGCGCUGGCCGCCUUCCCCCGGGCGCGCUGAGCCCUCCGCACCCCUCGGGCUCCAGCAUGAGCGGAGGCGGCUCCUCCGCACCCGGCCGCUUCGCCGACUACUUCGUGAUCUGCGGGCUGGACACCGAGACCGGGCUGGAGCCGGACGAGCUCUCGGCACUAUGCCAGUAUAUACAGGCCUCUAAAACCCGAGAUGGUGCCGGCUGUUUCAUUGCAAGUGCAGUAGAAGGUGAAAAUUUUGAACAGACUCCAUUAAGACGCACGUUUAAGUCUAAAGUUCUUGCUCGUUAUCCUGAGAAUGUAGAAUGGAAUCCUUUUGACCAGGAUGCAGUGGGAAUGCUGUGUAUGCCUAAAGGGCUUGCUUUCAAGACCCAAGCUGAUUCCAGAGACCCUCAGUUCCAUUCGUUUAUAAUCACCCGUGAAGAUGGCUCACGGACAUUUGGGUUUUCUCUCACAUUUUAUGAGGAAGUUACCAGCAAGCAAAUCUGUAGUGCAAUGCAGACAUUAUAUCAUAUGCACAAUGCUGAAUAUGACAUUCUGCAUAUUCCACCCACAAAUGACAAAGAAAGCUGUAGCAGCAUAGAAGACUGUAAUGGAACUUCUGUAUCAAAGCUACAGCGUUUUAACUCGUAUGAUAUUAGCAGAGACACACUGUAUGUCUCUAAGUGCAUUUGUCUGAUUACCCCAAUGUCUUUCAUGAAGGCUUGUAAGAAAGUACUAGAGCAACUUCACCAAGCUGUAACUUCUCCUCAGCCACCACCGUUACCUUUGGAAAGUUAUAUCUACAAUAUUCUCUAUGAGGUUCCUCUUCCUCCAGCAGGGAGAUCCUUAAAAUUUUCAGGUGUUUAUGGACCAAUUAUCUGCCAGAGACCAAGCACCAGUGAACUGCCAUUAUUUGACUUUCCAGUUAAAGAAGUUUUUGAAUUACUUGGAGUAGAAAAUGUGGUUCAGCUCUUUACUUGUGCUCUUCUGGAAUUUCAGAUACUGCUUUAUUCACAGCAUUACCAGAGAUUGAUGACUGUGGCAGAGACCAUCACAGCACUAAUGUUUCCAUUCCAGUGGCCCGUAUAUGUUCCCAUCCUGCCAGCCUCUCUCCUUCAUUUCCUAGAUGCUCCUGUCCCUUAUUUGAUGCUUGCACUCCAAUGGAUGGAUGACAGAUCUAAGCUGGAAUUGCCUCAAGAGGCUAACCUGUGCUUUGUGGAUGUAGACAACCAUUUCAUUGAGCUUCCAGAGGAUUUGCCCCAAUUCCCGAAUAAACUCGAAUUCAUUCAGGAAAUCUCUGAGAUCCUAAUGGCAUUUGGAAUUCCACCUGAGGGAAACCUGCACUGUAAUGAAAGCGCCUCAAAGAUGAAAAACCUCCGAGCAUGUGACAUAGUUUCUGAUAAAAGAAAUGGGAACAUAGCAGGAUCACCUUUAAAUUCAUAUGAACUGCUAAAGGAAAAUGAGACCAUAGCAAGGCUUCAAGCACUUGUUAAAAGAACAGGUGUGAGCCUAGAAAAGCUGGAAGUGCGAGAGGAAACCAGUAGCAACAAGGAUCUCAAAGUUCAAUGCGGUGAAGAAGAGUUCCGGGUUUACCAGCUGAACAUUCAAAUCCGAGAAGUUUUUGCCAACCGUUUUACGCAGAUGUUCGCAGACUAUGAAGUAUUUGUCAUUCAGCCGAGUCAGGACAAGGAGUCUUGGUUUACCAAUAGGGAGCAGAUGCAGAACUUUGAUAAAGCAUCUUUCUUGUCAGACCAGCCUGAACCUUACUUGCCUUUUCUCUCAAGAUUUCUGGAAACACAGAUGUUUGCAUCUUUUAUUGACAAUAAGAUUAUGUGCCAUGACGAAGAUGACAAAGACCCAGUUUUGAGAGUGUUCGAUUCUAGAGUAGAUAAAAUUAGACUGUUAAAUGUUAGGACACCAACUCUGCGCACAUCUAUGUAUCAAAAGUGCACUACCAUUGAUGAGGCAGAGAAAGCUAUUGAAUUAAGGCUUGUAAAAAUAGAUCACACUGCGGUCCACCCACACUUAUUAGAUAUGAAGAUUGGACAAGGGAAGUAUGAACUUGGGUUUUUCCCCAAGCUUCAGUCUGACGUACUCUCCAUAGGACCAGCAAGCAACAAAUGGACAAAGAGAAACGCUCCUGCGCAGUGGAGGCGGAAAGACAGACAAAAACAACACACAGAGCACCUGCGUCUUGACAAUGAUCAGAGAGAGAAGUAUAUCCAAGAAGCCAGGAAUCUGGGCAGCACCAUUCGUCAGCCUAAGCUGUCUAACCUCUCUCCAUCGGUAAUUGCACAAACAAACUGGAAAUUUGUUGAAGGCUUACUGAAGGAAUGCCGAAAUAAGACCAAGAGGAUGCUGGUUGAAAAAAUGGGCCGAGAAGCUGUGGAACUAGGUCAUGGUGAGGUGAACAUCACAGGUGUAGAAGAGAAUACUUUAAUAGCCAGUCUUUGUGAUCUCUUAGAAAGGAUAUGGAGUCAUGGUUUACAGGUCAAACAGGGAAAAUCUGCUUUGUGGUCUCACUUAUUACAUUUCCAAGAAAAUAGGCAGAGAAAGCCCACGUCAGGUAGCUUCAGUACCUCAGGAGUACUUCUCGAUUCAGAAAGGAGGAAGUCAGAUGCCAGCCCAGCCAUGUCGCCGCUGAGAAUCUCUCUCAUUCAGGAUAUGAGGCAUAUCCAGAAUAUUGGUGAGAUCAAAACAGACGUUGGCAAGGCAAGGGCCUGGGUUCGACUGUCCAUGGAAAAGAAGUUACUCUCCAGGCAUCUAAAGCAGCUUCUUUCAGAUCUUGAACUUACAAAAAAACUUUACAAGCGUUAUGCCUUUCUCCGCUGUGAUGACGAGAAAGAACAGUUCCUCUAUCAUCUCCUGUCAUUUAAUGCUGUCGAUUACUUUUGCUUUACCAAUGUUUUCACAACAAUCUUGAUCCCAUACCAUAUAAUGAUUGUUCCUAGCAAGAAACUUGGUGGCUCAAUGUUCACUGCCAACCCUUGGAUUUGUAUCUCAGGAGAGUUGAGUGAAACAGGAGUCCUACAGAUUCCCAGGAAUAUAUUGGAGAUGACAUUUGAGUGCCAGAACCUGGGAAAGCUUACCACAGUACAAAUAGGACAUGAUAAUUCAGGCCUGUACGCCAAGUGGCUAGUGGAAUAUGUUAUGGUCAGAAACGAAAUAACAGGGCAUACUUACAAGUUUCCAUGUGGGAGGUGGCUUGGAAAGGGGAUGGAUGACGGCAGUUUAGAGAGGAUCCUGGUGGGAGAGUUACUAACGUCACAUACCGAGGCAGAUGAAAGGCAGUGCAGAACCCCACCACUGCAGCAGUCACCAAGUAUGAUCAGAAGAUUUGUCACAAUAUCGCCAAAUAACAAACCAAAGUUAAACACAGGUCAAAUACAGGAAGCUAUUGGUGAAGCAGUGAAUGGCAUUGUCAAGCAUUUCCACAAACCGGAAAAGGAGAGAGGCAGUCUCACUCUGUUGCUGUGUGGAGAAAGUGGACUCGUUUCAGCUCUUGAGCAGGUGUUUCAGCAUGGAUUUAAAUCACCCAGGCUCUUCAAAAACGUCUUUAUUUGGGACUUUCUAGAAAAAGCACAAAUACAUUAUGAGACCCUUGAUCAGAAUGAAAUAGUCCCAGAGGAGAACUGGCAGACUAGAGCCAGGAGUUUUUGUCGCUUUGUCACUGCUAUCAACAACACUCCUAGAAACAUUGGAAAGGAUGGCAAGUUUCAGAUGCUGGUGUGCCUUGGAGCCAGAGACCACCUCUUACACCAUUGGAUCGCCUUGCUUGCAGAUUGUCCAAUCACAGCACAGAUGUAUGAGGAUAUAGCAUUGAUUAAGGAUCAUACCCUUGUUAAUUCCUUGAUUCGAGUGUUGCAGACCUUACAGGAGUUCAACAUUACACUGGAGGCUUCCCUCGUCAAAGGAAUAGACAUAUGAUCUGUCUCAUCGCAACAAGGAACAAAUGUUAUUAGUAUGCAAAGGUUCUUUCUGCUAAUACGUCAUAUUGCGAACUUGUUUGUGGCCACAAAACACAACUUUGACUUUUCUUGAAGAAAACUCAAAAAAACAGUGCAGAAAAAUGGACAGAAGCUGUAAACUCAAUGUUAAAAGGAGAAAAAAAAAGGAGGAUUUUUGGUAUAAAUCUAUUUUAGAGUUUAUUUGCUGAUUUGCUUUUUACACACUUUCAUGUGAGAGAGAGAGAGAUGACUAUUUGUGCAGCUUAUUUUAAAGCUGCAGUAUUUCCUUGCCAUAGAUAGUGUGCAGUGAGCCUUUCAGCAUUCUCUGAAUUUGCCUUCAGAUGUGCUGUAUGUUGUAAGCCCUAAUGUAUACACUCCAUUUCUGCAAAGAAGGUCAUUCUAGAGUUUUUAAACUAAUAUUUUAUAUAUUAACAUUAUUACCAAUGUUUUAUUUUUUUCUUUAAACUAAACUGGGUCACUGCUGUGCUGCAAGGGAAACGACAAAUUCUGGUGUGAGCUUUUUUUAAUAGCCUCAGAGCACUGAUUUGUCAGCAAAUCACUUUUCUUUAUUUUUGUUGUCAGUAUUACAUUUAGUGGGUUUCAGGAGACAGAACCAUGCAAAUGGACAGAGAUGGAAGUAAUAUUUUUCAUAUUGGUACAUAAUUGCACAGAAGAAACUGUAAGUGUGUUGUAUUUUUAACUGAUGUUUUUAUUUAUUUAUCCUAUCAUUGUGUGUUUGUAAGAUUUUGUUUUUUAAAAAACCUUAUACAGUAUAACUGGCUAUAUUAUAUUUGCAAUUCAAAAUUUACAGUUGAGUCCACUUAAAUGAAAAGCCUGGAUAAGAGUGUAUCUGCUGGCAAAAAUGUUUCAGUGUGCACCUGCCUUUCAAAUUAGAAUUUAUCUUAGUGUGGAACACCCUUAAAUUGUUAACAGCUAAAGAAAUAACUCCCUAACCUCUGGCUUUGAUUUAUAUUCUAAUGCAAAGGGGACAGUAGCUAAGUAGAGGUCAGUGCCACAGUCAAGUAAUGAUCCCACUCAUAAACCUAAUUCCAAGUUUCCAUUUCAAAACUUUCUGUGGUGAUCUCACGUGACGAGCAUAGACUGUACGUAGGAUUUACUGUUGAAAUACAAAGCUCUCUCAUGUGCUAACUUUGCAAGCUGCUGGAUUCUGGGAUGCUUGUGUAUCUUAAGUAAAAAGGCUUUAGCCCAUGCUCAUAAAUUAAAACAUUCAGACUGCUUGGAUUUUGUUGAAAUACAGAGCCUGGGAUUUGGUGAGUGCAUAGAGGCAACUCUGUUGAUUUUAAUUCUCUGAUAAAAUCCCUUUGAAAUGCGGACCUGAUUUGAGAGACAAACCUGGUCAGAAUAAUGACUUGCUGUUCAGUACUUCUGGGCUCUGUAAUUAAGUGGUCUCCACUGUAUAAACUUCCCAACAAUAUCUCCCUUACUAUAAGGAACAGAAGAUUGUUCUUGGUUGUCAAUCCGUAGAAUAUUGUGACACCUUUUUCUUUAUUCUCUUCAUUUUAGUGACAUCUUGUGAUAGCUUUAUUUCCUUAAUUUAAAGGUAUAGCACAUGUAUUAAAUUUUUGACUAUUUUUACUGUCCUAUUUAUUUCAUUAUUAAAUGGAGACGUUUCUUUGUCACUUAUAUUUUCUUUUAUCCGAACGAGGUCCUGCCGUGAAUGCCUAUUGACGUCGGAAAAAUGAGUAGGCAGUGUCCAGACCACAUGCGCAAUCUCUUCACGCUGGAUAGAUGAAUGUACUUCCACAGUUUGGAGUUCACAUCAUUGUUCAUGGAGUGAUUUUUCCCUGUUCAUUUUGGAAGGAAAAGGAUUAGAAUGCAGUAUAUAUGUGCUUAAAGAAUAACUUAUUCAACCUGAACAAUGUAACAGAGAGAAGCCUUCUACACUCACCACUAAACCCCACAUUUAAUCAAAUAUCUUACUAUUUUUCAUUCAACAGUCUAGAUUGCAGUAGGCUUGUAUAUUUGACAGUGGGUACGUCUACAUUGGGAAAAGAGAUUGGGGUUAAUUAACAUGCUUUAGCUGACCCUGACCUGACCUCAAACUCUUCUCUUGUAUAGAUUCAGGGUAAUGCUGUUUACCUUGACUUAAUUGGCCAAGAUAGACCCCUAGGCAGAAAAAGUAUUAGGUCAGUGUUAGCUAAAAUGUGUUAGCUAACCUCAACUUCUUUUCCUGACAUAGAAUUAGACAUUUGUUUUUUACUUCAUUGUUCAUGAUAAAUGGUUUGAGAUGCCCACUUGCAGGUUGCAAGACACAAGUGAAGGGUCUCUGACCCCUGAGUGGCAGUUGCUUUGGAUAACACAUCAGGAGGAUAAAGUUGUUUUUCUUUAGAUCAUGUUACUUCCCCAUGAGCUAGUCACUGUUCAGACAUGGAGGGAGAUGGCAGAGCAUAAUCUAAAUCCUGUUUUAUCACCUACAGAACUAUGUCAUGAUGAGCCAUUCCUGUCACCUUUCACAGACAAGGAGCUCCAUCUGGGUCCCACUGAAAUCCAAGGCAGUUUUGCCACGGACUUCAGUAGACUAAAUCCUUACAGGCCUGGAAGGGCCAUAAGAGGCUUCCAGUGCAGCUGAACCAGUGUGGUUUUGUUGGACACAGAGGGAAUGGUAGAGGACUGUGUUAUGCAUCUUUGCUCUGUGGCAGUCUUUGUAAGCAGGCCAACACAUGAGGGAUUAAGGAGUAGGGUUUGGUUAGAGGCUACAAAGGCAGUUGCCUUGAUCAAAGCCUACUGGUAGGGGCCACAGUACUGCAACCGUAAGGCUGCAGUAGCAACCAUGCUCAUCACAACUCUUUGUGUAGUUCGUCUUGUAGUUCCUGUUUCACACAGUCUGCUUGAUUGAACUAUAUAGAUCAGGAGUCUGCACAAAGGAAACAGGAGUGGGCCCAAAGUUAACUGCUUCCAUAGCAGUCACUUCUGACUGACAGAGUCAAAUGCAACAGUUCCAUGCAACUUCCUUCCAUGAGUUACCUCUCUAACAUUAUAGGGAAAGAAUCUUGGUAACUGAAUCAGAGUAUUCCAUAUGACAUUAGAAUGUGCAACCUAAUGUGCCACUAGACUGAAAGGGCAGAAUUAUUUUACAAAAUUCUAAGAUGCUGUUCCAGAAUGAGAGAAGUACUGAUUUACUACAGCUACUGGGACAAGAAUGCUGAUUGCCAACCUGAGCACUGAUUGGGUAAUGCUGUUACUAUAGCUUUGAAAAAUUUAUGGCCCAAAAAAGUGCCAGUUAUAGUAAACUGAAGUUAAAAGUGAUGUUUUCAUGUUAGCACCUUCUUUGAGAUAUGAGAGAAAAAAUGGACAAAAUAUCACCUCUUAAAUUUCCUUUAUGUAUUAAUCCCAGCAUAUUCAAUACUAUGAGACUGGUACAUACUCACAGCAAAUAGCCAAGGCUGUUUUUGUUGUUUCACAUUUAAUGUAAUACUUUGGAGGUAAUGGUUUGUUUUAGAUUUUUGAGUUUAAAAUUAAUAUAUACAGGGAUCUUCAUCUUUUUAUCAUGUUUUGUAGCUGAAAGAAUAUUGUUCAAGAACUGAAAAACGUUCUUCUACCAUUUCCAUUGUGAAGAGUAUUUUUAAAUUUUAAGAAUUGUUUGGGACCUAAUAGUUAAAAGCUUCAUAUAUUUUGGUGUGGUGUUGAAUUUAUGCCUAUAUAAAGACUUUGCUUUUGCAGUGAAGCUCUCCUCAAGAGUUAACUGUCAUUCUGUAUAAUGACAAAAGAUUUUUGUCACGAUAGUGCAAAAUACUGUAGGAGACUUGAAAAUACUUGAAGUUAUUGUACAUGUACUUCUCAUCUUUGUAGUUCUUUUCCUUUUAUAUCUAGAGACUGACUGUUACUCCAUUAAGAUGCAGCAUCAGUUACAGUAAAUUAUAUAUUUUAAUA